AUGGCUGCAAACAUCCCAGGGCUGAUAGCUGUAGCUCUGUUUUAUGUGAUCAUUCUGGCAACUGGAAUAUGGGCAUCUCGAAAGUCCAAACAAGAGGAGAAGAGAAGCACUGGGACUGGGACAGAAGUCGCCCUGGUUGCUGGUCGAAAUAUAAAUGUCAUUGUGGGAAUUUUCACAAUGACUGCUACAUGGGUUGGAGGAGGAUAUAUUCUUGGCACUGCUACUGCUACCUAUAUUCCCAGAAAAGGCUUGAUUUGGGCUUUAAUGCCUUUGGAAUAUUUAAUAACAUUUUCUGUAGCUGCUAUUUUCUUUGCCAAGCACAUGAGGGAUAAGGAGUACGUAACUAUGAUGGACCCAUUCCAGCUGAAAUACGGGGAAAAUCUGACCUGCAUUAUCCUGAUUCCUGCUGUGAUUUCUGAAGUCCUAUGGGUAGCAUGCGUGACAUCAAGUUUAGGAGGAACCAUGAGCAUCAUUCUGGAUAUAUCGUCUUACUACUCUAUCUGCAUCUCAUCUGCUGUGGCGAUAAUCUAUACGCUUCUCGGGGGAAUGUUCUCUGUGGCCUACACUGAUGUGAUCCAACUUGUCUUCAUCCUUAUUAGUUUGUGGGUGUGUGUUCCUUUCCUGAUGCUGAAUCCAGCCUCCAUUGACAUCACACUCACAGCAUUCAAUGGGACCUUCCAAGCUCCUUGGGUGGGAACACUAGACUCAGAGGACGUGGGGCUGUGGAUAGAUGAUUUUCUGGUUGUAAGUAUGGGAAGUCUGGCUUCUCAAGCUAUAUAUCAGAGAAUUUUGUCUGCAGCAUCACCCAAAGAGGCCCAAGUCAUAUGUUUUGCUGCAGCAGGCUUUUGUUUUAUCUUGGGUAUUCCUUCACUGCUUUUUGGUGCCGUAGCUGCAUCAACAGAUUGGAACAUGACCAGUUAUGGUUCUCCCUCUCCUUUUGACCGUGGUGAAGCUGAUAAAAUUCUCCCAAUUGCUCUGCAACACCUCACUCCCAAUUACAUCUCCAUCUUGGGGAUUGGGGCUAUAGCAGCAGCAGUGAUGUCAUCCAUGGACUCCUGUCUCCUGGCUGCUGCUUCUUUAUUUACUAAUAACCUCUACAAGACCCUGAUUAGAAAGCAGGCUUCUGACAAAGAGCUGCAGUGGGUGAUCAAGAUCUCAGUGACUGUAGGUGGAAUCGUAGGAAUGAUACUGGCCUUCUUUGGGAACGUUCUGACCUUCUGGAUGUUGGCUACUGAUGUUAUGUUCACCCUGGUUUUGCCUCAGCUCGUCGGUGUUCUCUUCUUCCCCAUCUCCAACGGUUACGGUGUCCUUGGGGGUUGCAUCCUGGGAGUGAUGCUGAGACUGCUGAGUGGGGAACCUCUGCUCCACUUGCCCCCUGCCAUCCAUUUCCCCGGAUGCAAGCUCAUCGAUGACGUCUAUGUCCAGCACUUUCCCUAUCGAAGUCUGUCUGUGAUAGUGUCCCUGUCUGCUAUUAUUCUGAUUUCCCUUGUGACCUCUCUGCUCUUUGAUAAAGGAAUCCUGCCAAAGAGAUGGGAUAUAUUGCAAGUCAGGACCCAUAGUGCACCCAGUAGAGCUGAGGCCAAAUCUAAUGUUGACAACUACCAGCCUGUAGUUUCUGGUCAACUGCUUGACACAACUUGUUAGAUUACAUGUAAAGCAAAAUUAUUUUCUUCAGGUCAGAGGAGGAUACAUCGAUCACUGUUUUGUAGUUAUUUCAUUGGGGUCUUGCAUAUGACAAAUAAGCUAUGAUAUGAUAUUGAUAGCUGAA